UACACCAAGACCAGAUUCAAGCAAGUGCUCUUGGUAGAAGAGCAGCCAUGGCAUUCCAGUGGAGCAGGGCAUGGCUUUUGUUGCUCAGUGGCAUGCUGGCCAGUGUGAUUGGUGAGGGCACCAAGUUGAAAGAAUGGCAUGCUACUGAGAACACUAGUGAUGAUACUUUUUCCUUGCUCAUGAAGCCAGCUGAGCAAGGACGAAGAAGCGAGCUUCAGCUCGUAGCAGCAUCAAGAAGGAGAAGGAGUGACGAGAAGGAGUUGCAAGGGCACUGGAACCAAAGCAAUGCUAGCCGCAUGAACUUGCCAAUCUGCAGGCUUUUUCCGACAGAUUACUAUUGUAAUCGCACAUCAGGUGGCGCAAUGAUGGCGCAAGCGAUGAUGUGGGAGUCCAGUGGGAUUGGUGGUUGGUUUGUGCCAGUUCUGGUUCUCAUGUCCUACAUCGGGGGUAUUUGCUUGAGUGCUUUGCUGGAUGGUCUCUUUCAAAAAGAUGAAGUGAACCUACCUGAAGACCCACCCAAUUUGGAGCAAACUUUGGGACCUCCACGCCAUUCUUCACACUUUUCAGCAGGAACAGUUACUGGCGGGGUGAUCUGCCAUUCGGGGCUCUUGGAUGUUGUGGAUGCGAGUGGAAGAUGGUGGUGGAUGGCGCCAGGAUUCUCUCGACCUUUGGCAACAGUGAAGCUGUACAUUUGCCUCUUGCUUCUGACGGAGCUCUUCUCUUUGCAGAUCCCGAGCGGUAGCGUCUUAUCGACCCCUGAGCUCAUCUCACUGGAGCCCCACUAUCCGGAACCAAUCCCUGACACACCCGCAAUGGCACAGUGGCUGAUGCCAGGGUUUGAGUCCAACAUCGCUUCAUGGCUGGAUUUUCUUGGUGGCCUGCGCUGGAUGCUCUUGAUCUCUUGGUGCGUCUUCUUGCUUUUGCCGAAAGCACAUGGGCUUUGGCAAGUGGUGGCUUCCGCCUCCUACACUUGUGGGGCCUUGGUGUUUUGCUAUUUCAUUGUCCUCAAUAUCAUGUUCGAGGGACAUCACUGUCUCCAAGCUACCUUCUACUUUGUCUUUUCUUGCAUUCUUGCGCUUCCCUUUCUGGAGACAAACCCCAGGGCGGCCAAUUGGCUCUGGAGAUUCCUUUUUCUCACGCUCAUCCCAUGCUACCUUUUUGCGGGCUUCAGUAAGAUUCAUUUCCAUGGGCUCCGCACCAACCUCACGGGGGGGUGGCUGGUGGGCGUGAUCGACGGAAAGAAGGGAGCGGCGCCCGGCUUUGUGGGCUUUGUGGCCUUUCUGAGAAGUGCCCCAGGUAUACUUGGCUCUGCAGUUCCUUGGCCCUACAUGUGCAUGUCCUGGGGCAACCUGCUUGUCGAACUGGUCCUUCCAAUUGCUGCAAUGCUGAGCAUGAAGCCAGACAAACUCUCGACACUCAUCCGAGUGACUUUCUGUCUGGCGGCCGCAGGCUUUCACGUGCUCGUUCUUCUGCUGAAGGGGCCCAAUUUCAUGCAUAACAUCGUGUUGUUGAUCAUCGCGUGCAAUCCUUUGUGCCUCUUCGAUCUCGGGCGAGCGCCGCCAGGAGCGCAGACUGAGGAUCCGUCGAAGAGCGCAGACCGAGGAUCGCAGCGACAGCAGCUGGCCUCUUGGGGAGAUCGUUUCAGAUCAGCCUAUGCCAUGAUCAUCCUGCUCCUGUGGUAUGGAGCGGACUUCCAGAAUCACUGGAAUCAUGUGACAGGACAGGUGCCUAUCAAGGACCGCAGUGAAAUGCUCUUUCCCUUUCCUUCUUUCAACAUGUUCACCUAUGGAGGAAAAGAACCAAAUCCUCAGUUGAGUUGCGGACUUUUUGUUCUGGCCUUUGUGGCCCUGCUCUUAAAGAUGCUCAAAGAUGUCAAGGACCAGGACAAUAGUGAUUCUUGAUUGAAAUCAACCUUGUUUCACCAAAUCUACAGAACUGGCUGCACUGGAAAAGGA